UCCGGUUUUGUGGACGUGUCAACAUUUGCAGACUCACUACAGCAACACAAGUUAUUUUUUACUUAAACAUUACUUAUUGUACAUAGACCUCUGUAUUCAACAGAUAACCCGCUAAAAUGCCAAAGGAAUCUUUACGCGAAAAACUAGACGGAAACGAGCUUGAUUUGAGUUUAAGCAAUCUUGACGCAGUACCGGUUAAAGAAUUGGCAGCACUUCCAAAAGCAACACACUUGGACUUGUCAUGUAAUCAACUUUUAAUUCUUCCAGACAACUUUUGCACCUUGACUCACAUCAUCAAAUUAGAUUUAAGCAAAAAUGCUCUUACUGAGCUCCCUAAAGAUUUUGGUCAACUGGAAAACUUGCAGCACCUGGACCUUCUUGGGAAUCAACUAAAAACAUUACCUAGGUCUUUCCACCAGCUAAAAAAAUUAAAAUGGCUGGACUUAAAAGAUAAUCCUUUGGAAGAUGGAUUAAAAAAGAAUGCAGGAGACUGUCUAAAUGAAGAUCAAUGCAGGAAAUGUGCUACACGAAUUUUGAUGUAUAUGACGGAUUUAAAUGACCAGCUGGAUAAGCAGUGGCAAGCUAAAAAGAAAAAACAGGAAGAGGCUGAAGCAAAGCAAAAAGAGAAGGAAGAGAAAGAAGUGCAACGUAAAAGACAGGAGAAAAAAGCAGAGAAAGAAAGGAGAAGGAGAGAACAUGAAGCAAGAAGAGCUCAGGAACUACUUUCACAGAAUGGUGACACUUCAGAUGAAGAAUUAAAUGCAGCUAGAGAAAAACUGAAGUUUAAUGAAAGUCUUAGAAUGAAAAAAGGAAAAGGAAAAAGCAAUAGAAACUGUUUUCUGCUGGUACUGUUUUCAUUCUUGGCACUGUUGUUAGCCCUGCUGGUUGCAAUAGAUUUCCACUGUAUUUCAAGUCAAAAAGAUAACUUGUGUAAAGCAUAUUGGCAGCCAGUGCGCACUAAAUUUUUACAAGUUUGUGAACAAUAUACUUAUGCUAUUAUAGAAUUUUACCAUAAGCACAUUGAAAAAUAUUUUAUUUCAGAAUCAUGAUUUAUGAAUAGCAAUAGAUAAUGGAUGUAUGAAUGGAUGGGUAUUGAGGUGUACAUGUCAAUUCAACAUUUAUUAAAUUAAUUCUUCAGUCAUAAGUUCAAUUUGUUUCAAACAAUAUUUAUUUUUUACAAAAUUAGAACCCACCUUAACUACAAAAUUUCCACUUCUCUUUGAACCAGUUUGAAUACAUGUCCAUAUUAAAAUAUAACUAUUUUCAAAGUAAAUUUUACUAAAACAAGCAGUCUUACUAUAUGUUGUUUAAUUACAUUUAUAUUUUAACUUCCAGACUGUAUACCAUUUCAAAAUUUCAAAAUGUUUAAAUAAUAUUGUACAUUUGUGAGAUUUUAAUUUCUCAAUAUUUUUUUUACUUUAGUCAGUUAUGUGUUUAUGUUAGAAAAACUGGAAACAUCUUUUAAAAUCAAAACUUGUAUCUAGAAAAUAUAAUCUUGCCUUGGACUAAAUUAAGUCUUCACUAUGCAUAAACAGUUAACAGCAAGCUGAAAAUCAAUUAUAUUAUAGCAUGAAGUUUAAGUUAACAUUUUAAGAAAAUGCUGCUUAAAGUGGAUAAUAUACUAGGCAUAUCUAAUGUUAGUAGCCUGUGAUAAUUUAUAGAUUAUUUUUUUUUGUAUGUGAAGUAAGUAAUGGUGAUAGAAUUUGUUUUUGAUUUCUGAUUGUUACAUGAUUCUACUUUGUAUAUAAAAUAGCAUUGAUAAUGUUCCAGCAAUGUAUAGUAAUUUUUAUUGAUUUCACUCAAAAUAAAUUUCAUUUACAACAUAA